AUGACCACCGCCGGCGCCCCGGACGCCCUGCCCCCGGGGACUUCUGUGAGCAGCCUCCACGAGGCCCUGGACCAGUGCAUGACGGCCUUGGACCUCUUCCUCACCAACCAGUUCUCAGAAGCACUCAGCUACCUCAAGCCCAGAACCAAGGAGAGCAUGUACCACUCGCUGACGUAUGCCACCAUCCUGGGGAUGCAGGCCAUGAUGACGUUUGACCCUCAGGACAUCCUGCUUGCUGGCAACAUGAUGAAGGAAGCACAGUCGCUGUGUCAGAGGCACCGGAAGAAGUCCUCCGUGACCGAUUCCUUCAGCAGCCUGGUACACCGCACCACCAUGGACCAGUUCACAGAAGAGGAAAUCCACGCUGAGGUCUGCUAUGCCGAGUGCCUGCUGCAGAGAGCAGCCUUGACCUUCUUGCAGGAUGAGAACAUGGUGAGCUUCAUCAAGGGCGGCAUCAAAGUUCGAAACAGCUACCAGACCUAUAAGGAGCUGGACAGCCUCGUCCAGUCCUCUCAGUACUCCAAGGGAGAGAACCACAGGCACUUCGAAGGAGGGGUGAAGCUCGGAGUGGGCGCCUUCAAUCUGACACUAUCCAUGCUUCCUACCAGGAUCCUGAGGCUGCUGGAGUUUGUGGGUUUUUCAGGAAAUAAGGACUACGGGCUGCUGCAGCUGGAAGCGGGUGCUUCCGGGCACAGCUUCCGCGCGGUGCUCUGCGUCAUGCUGCUGCUGUGCUACCACACCUUCCUCACCUUCGUGCUCGGCACUGGGAACGUCAACAUCGAGCAGGCAGAGAAGCUGCUGAAGCCUUACCUGAAGCGCUACCCUAAGGGCGCCAUCUUCCUGUUCUUCGCGGGGCGGAUUGAAGCCAUUAAAGGCAACAUCGACACCGCUAUCAGGCGGUUCGAGGAGUGCUGUGAGGCCCAGCAGCACUGGAAGCAGUUCCACCAUAUGUGCUACUGGGAACUGAUGUGGUGCUUCACCUACAAGGGCCAGUGGAAGAUGGCCUACUUCUACGCCGACCUGCUCAGCAAGGAGAACUCCUGGUCCAAGGCUACCUACAUCUACAUGAAGGCCGCCUACCUCAGCAUGUUUGGGAAGGAGGACUACAAGCCAUUCGGGGAUGACGAAGUGGAGCUGUUCAGAACUGUGCCAAGCCUGAAGCUCAAGAUUGCUGGGAAGUCUCUACCCACAGAGAAGUUUGCCAUUCGGAAAUCCCGGCGCUACCUCUCCCCCAACCCCAUCUCAUUGCCAGUCCCUGCUCUGGAAAUGAUGUAUAUCUGGAACGGUUACGCUGUGAUUGGGAAACAGCCGGAACUCACAGACGGGAUACUUGAGAUUAUCACCAAGGCGGAAGAGAUGCUGGAAAGGGGCCCAGAGAACGAGUACUCAGCGGAUGACGAUUGCUUGGUGAAAUUACUGAAAGGCCUGUGUCUGAAAUACCUGGGCCGUGUCCAGGAGGCCGAGGAGAAUUUCAGGAGCAUCUCUGCCAAUGAAAAGAAGAUUAAAUAUGACCACUACUUGAUCCCAAAUGCCCUGCUGGAGUUGGCCCUGCUGUUUUUGGAGCAAGGCAGAAAUGAAGAGGCUGUUAAACUCUUGGAAACUGCCAAGCAAAACUACAAGAAUUACUCCAUGGAAUCAAGGACACAUUUUCGAAUCCAGGCAGCCAUGCUUCAAGCCAAGUCUUCCCUAGAGAAUGGCAACAGAUCCAUGGUUUCAUCAGUGUCCUUGUAGCUUUGUGCAGCACUACAGGCUGGAAGACGAAUGGACAGAGACUGGACAGAGCUCCUGGAAACAUUUCAAAAAGAUCCCCUCCUCUUGCCCUCCCCUGCCUUCGGAGCCCACUGGUGCUCCAGUGGGAUGGCACGACGUGGGUAUCCGUGCAGAAGGAAAGCCGGCAUUUUUACCAGUGUGGGCCAAGGGCCUUUGCCAAGGACAGGGCAGGUAGAUCCCCUCUGCCUGCCCUAUAACACAUACGGGUACUUGUUUUUCACUGUGAUGUUUAAAAGAAUGUAUAAACGGUUUACAUUUUUCUUAGAAAUACAUGUAUGGGAUCGUAGUUGGCUAAAACAAACAAGCCACCUGGAAAUCUUUGUUUUAACCCAUAGUGAUCUGGUUUAUCUCUAGUUAUAGGCCAAACUGAUUUUUAAACUUUAGAAAGGUCUCAGCUUCUGGGAAGGGAAGGACCUUCCUUUCUGAGAAGCUGGGGAAUGUCCAGGAGGGGCUGCGCCUAAGGCCUUGACCCUUCUGGGUGUUGAGCAGAGCUGGAAUCACACAGAUGCUCAUGACCUGACUUCUCACGCUUCACUUUCACUUCCUUUGUGACCUCCCAAUUUAAAAAUCGAACACGUCUUUUUAGUGAGAUAGUUUUCAUUUGAGCCCAUCUGUAGAAAAAUCAGUCUCUCCACCGACAGGGAACAGAGGAGGAUGCUGAGGCCCGAGGGAAGGGAAGCUGGGUGGCCCUUUCUGUGUCUAAGCCAGGAAGUUUGGGGAGGGCAGGGGGAGGUCCCAGAAACCAGUCUGCAUCUCUCACUGUAUGCCAAAUAAAAAUCUAGGAAUAAUUUAUAAAACAAAAA